AUCCGCCAUUUUCAUUCAUUCUCUAUUCUUUCCCUUUCGUCAUAUGGCGUGCUAGUGCGUUUGUCCGCCAUAUUAAAUGAAAUCAAUAAAAUAAGACAAAAUGUCGCCUUACUAGAGUGCGUAAAAAUAUCCAACAACAUCCAGUAAUUGUGUGAUUAAAUCAUCAAGAGGAUCACAAUGGAGAAUUCCUACGGUGUGGGGGUCGUUAACAGAUACGCUCUUUUUUUGGACGAUGAGUCCGAUCCUCUUGAUGCGUUAAAAGCGCGAGAGCAGGCCAAGGAGCUCAAAAAGAAGACCAAAGAAGCCGAAAAAGAAAAUAAGGGCAAGCCCGAAUCCAAGCCUAAGGGUGGUACCGUUGCCGUCAGGAAAGGUAUCAAAGAAACUCAAAAUGUGAAGUCCCAAGACAAUAAGAGCGGCGAACAACAAAAGAGUAAGGGACCCCCUCGUGCUAACGACCGCAAUGCGGAACGUCCACCUCCGCGACGCCGCGAGGACCGGCCGCAGAACGGAGCCGUCGACAACAAGGAUGGCGCGCCGAGGCCACCGCGUAGAGAAUUCGGCGACCGCGAGCGCAGGCCUAAUUUCGAAAGGCGUAACUUCAACGACAACGGCGAGGGUGCCGAACGUCGCGGACCUAGGCCUCCACGUGAGCCCCGCGAUCGUGACGGUCCGCGCGGGCCGCGACCGCCCUACGAUAACCGGGGCAAGCGCGAGUUCGACAGGAGGUCCGGUUCCGAUAAGACCGGCGUGAAGCCCGUCGACAAGCGCGAGGGCGGCGGGCCUCACAACUGGGGCACCAUCAAGGACGAUAUGGAAGAGCUGAACAAAACCGGAUCCGAGGGCGAGGUCGGCGAGGAGAAGCCUCCGGCGGAGCCCGGAGCGGGCGCCGGCGGAGACGCACAGGCCGGUGCGGAGCCCGAGCGCGCGGCACCCGAGGAGGAAGUGCGCGAGCUCACGCUCGAUGAGUACAAGGCGCUGCGCAACGCAACCCGCGCGCCUCCGCAGUACAAUUUGCGCAAGGCCGGCGAGGGCGAGGAUCUGUCGCAGUGGAAGAAUCUCGUGAUGCUCGAGAAAAAGAAGGAGGGCGGCGACGACGAUGAGAGUGACGACGAGUACGAUAUCGCCGACUAUCCGCAGCGCGUGGGUCGCCAGAAGCGCGUGCUGGGCAUCGAGUUCACAUUUAAUGACCAGGCUCGGCGCGGCGCGGCGGGCGGUCGCGGCCGCGGACGAGGCCGCGGGCGCGGGCGCGGGGCGCCAGGCGCCGGGCCGGGCCCCGCGCCGGCGCCGCGCGAGGAGAUCGUGCCGGAGGAGCGCCCGCAGCCGCGCUCGCACCCGGCGCCUCCCAAGGUUGAUGACAGCAAGGAUUUCCCCUCCCUCGGCUAGACUCAGUGAGCCUUUAACUCUUCCCCCUUUCGAAAGAGUACGAUAGAAAUACAAAUUAAAUACUGUAUGUACCGUUAUUUUUGAAGUAAAUAUACAAAAUAUUUACACAAGUGUGUAUUAUAUUACAUAGUUUAGUCGGUUUAGACGUUGAUCGUCUUGAAUCCGAGUCGACAUUGGCAGGCUUGUUUCUAUUCUAACUAUAUUGGGUUUGACUAAUGCUCAUGUUGUUGGACAUGUUUGAGUGGGGGAGGACGCAAUUUUAUUUUGAAGAUGCUGCGGUAAUGCUGGAUACUGGUCUAUUGUAACAGUAGCUUUUAUCAUAUUGUAAUCACAUCAGCUUGAGUUAACUUUAACAAGUUAUUAUGAAUUAAGGUUUUAACUUGACUGUGACAAAUUAAAUUAACUCCGUCACAACUUAGUGUAGAAUGUGAAGAAAAUAACCCUUGUUGCAUUUUAUAUCAUGAGUUUGUGUUGACAAAUGCAGACUGGGAACUGUAAAUAGUUAUAUAUGUUUAAAAGAUAAGGUCUUAAAAAUAACAAGGUUGAUUAUUGUUGUUACACAAACUUCUUGAAAAAUAAACAUUUUGUAUGUGUGAA